AUGGCAAAGUUAGGACCUCCGGAGAAGUUUGACUUCACUCGCCCGUCAGAAUGGCCGAUGUGGCGCCGUCGUUUCGAUCGUUAUCGAGUGGCAACGAAGCUGGACCAGGACAGCGGUGAAGUUCAAGUGAACACGUUGCUAUAUGCUAUGGGGAAGGAAGCCGAGGCUAUCUACGAGUCGUUCGUGUAUGACCAGAUUCAACGGGCCGAAGAUUGGGAUGGAAAGGCUACACCAGACGUGAUUGCGCAGCCAGGCCCUGACAACGAGUGGCUAGUAGACCUGGAUGUGAAUGGCAGCAUAGUGGAGUUUAAAAUAGACACCGGCGCAGACAUAACAGUAAUGUCGCAGUCUGCAUUCAACAAACUACUGCAAUGCCCACGGUUGAUCAAGACUGGCCCAAAGCCCCACAUUACCAGCCCAGGAGGCAAAGUGCAGACAGUGGGCAGGUUCCUCGCCUCAACUUCAUACAAGGGACAGCGGUACAAGUACUGGGUGACUGUUAUCAAGGGGCCAUACUCUCACAAUCUCCUGGGGCGCAGUGUUGCCAAGAGAAUGGGUCUAGUGAUGAGAGUAAAUGCAAUCAAAUCAGAACAGCUGAGUGAUGUGUUUGGGGACAUUGGACUGUUUAAAUGUGACCCAGUGAAAAUUGAGUUAAAGCCUGAUGCAGAGCCCUACUCCCUGGCGACACCACGUCGCAUCCCAUUCCCCCUCCUUCCAAAAGUGGAGGCGGAACUGAAAAGAAUGCUGUCCCAUGGCAUAAUAGAGGAAGUCACAGGUCCCAGUGAUUGGUGUGCCCCGAUGGUCCCUGUUGAGAAGAAGAACAAAGAGCAAGUUAGAGUGUGUGUAGACUUGAAACGCCUGAACAGAGCAGUGCGACGUGAGAGGUACAUGUUGCCCACUCUCGAAGACAUAGCUCCAAAGCUGGCCGGAGCAACAAUAUUCUCCACUCUCGAUGCGACAAGUGGGUUCUGGCAGAUCCCGUUGGAGGAGAGCAGCCGGAAGCUGACAACAUUCAUAACUCCUAUGGGAAGGUUCUGUUUCCGCAGGCUGCCAUUCGGAAUCACGUCAGCGCCAGAGAUCUUCCAGAAACGGAUGUCUACUCUGCUGCAGGAUCACGAGGGGGUGGUCGUGGUGAUGGAUGACAUCCUGGUGUAUGGCGCCACGACUGAAGAGCAUGAUCGUUGCCUGACUGCAGUCUUACAUACCAUCAGAGAGAGUGGGCUGAAGCUGAACAAGGCCAAAUGUCACUUUGGCAAACCAGAACUCCAGUACUUUGGCCACCUCAUCAGUGCAGAGGGGCUGAGACCGGACCCCAGCAAGGUGAAAGCGAUCACUAACAUGUCCAGUCCAACAAACGUCGAGGAGCUGCGUCAAGUCCUGGGGCUCAUCAAUUACGUCGGGAGAUUCCUGCCAGAUCUCUCCUCAAAGCUACACCCGAUCACAGACCUGCUGAAGAGGGAGAAUGACUGGGUCUGGGGUGACGCACAAGACAGAGCGUUUCAGUGCGUCAAAACCAUGCUGGUGUCUGCCCCUGCUCUGGCAUACUACGAAGUUGACAGAAAGACUGUGGUUAGUGCAGACGCGAGCAGCUAUGGCCUAGGCGCUGCGCUGAUGCAAGAACAUGGGGGUGAGUUGAAGCCAGUGGCAUUCUGUUCCCGUACACUCUCAGAGGCAGAAAAACGAUACUCACAGAUUGAAAAAGAGUGCCUGGCAAGUGUGUGGGCCUGUGAGAGGUUCGCCCGCUACGUCCAAGGUAUGGCCAGCUUCCACGUACACACAGACCACAAACCUCUUGUGCCACUUAUAAAUGCCUACGACUUAGACAAGGCUCCCCCCAGGUGUCAGAGACUCCUCAUGCGCCUCAUGCGUUUCAAUGUAGUGGCAGAGCACAUCCCAGGGAAACAGCUCGUCGUCGCCGACACACUUUCCAGGUUGCCAUUGUCUGAGGGGAGCGAUGGAGAGCUGGAACAGGAAGUACAGGCCUAUAUUAACUCUGUUGUUGCAAAUGCCCCAGUCUCAUCACAGAGGCUCAGUGAGAUCCGUACUGUCACUCAGCAAGACGAAGAGCUGCCACAGAUCAUAGCCUUCAUCAGACAUGGGUGGCCACGCAAGUCACAAGUGCCGCCAUCCCUGCUGCCUUACUUUUCCGAGAGGGCGCAACUUUCUGAAACCGAUGGGCUAGUGCUGUACCAGGACAGGAUCGUCAUCCCUGCUGUCCUGAGACCUGCCAUACUGGAGCAGAUCCACAAAGGCCACCAGGGCCUCACAAGGUGCCGUGCACGUGCAAGGAUGUCUGUGUGGUGGCCAUCCAUCAGCAGCGAGAUAACACAGAAGGUGACAAAAUGCCAAUUCUGCAUUGAAAACAAGCCCACUCAGCGACGUGAACCAUUACUCACCACAGCUCUUCCCGAGGGCCCUUGGCAGCGCAUAGCAGCUGAUCUCUGUGAACUUGGAAAAAAGACUUACCUCAUAGUGACCGAUUACUACUCCAGAGACAUUGAAAUAGCUCACAUCACUGCAGCAUCCAGUUCCCAGGUCAUCAAUAGGCUCAAGGCCAUGUUCGUAAGAUGGGGCAUACCGCUCGAACUGGUGAGUGACAAUGGCACGCAUUUUUCAUCAUCAGAGUUCAAAGACUUUAGUGUAGAAUAUGGCUUUGCUCACACCACGACUAGCCCUCACUAUCCCCAAGCAAACGGUGCAGCAGAACGGGCCGUUCAGACGGCUAAGCACAUUCUGAAGCAGCCAGAUCCACAUCUUGCCCUGAUGUGCUACAGAGCAACCCCCAGUGCAGCAACCGGUGUGAGCCCAGCUCAGCUCAUGACUGGAAGAUGCAUUAGAACUACUCUUCCUAUGUUGGAAGGGCAGCUGCAGCCGGCACCUGUUGACAGGCAACAGGUCCUCGAGAGAGACGCACAGGCAAAGUCAUCUUACCAGUUCUACUACAAUCGACGCCACUCUGCUCGUCACCUUCCACCGCUUCUUCAGGGCCAGGACGUCAGGGUCAAGAUCGACGGAGAGAAGGGGUGGAAGACUCCUGCCAAAGUCAUUGGCCGGUGCCAGGAGCCCCGGUCGUACCUGGUGAAGACGGACAGCGGUGCAGUGCUGCGUCGCAAUCGGCGACAUCUACAGGCUGGGCCUCUUCUACAAGCCGGGCCAGGGUCUUCAGAUUCAUCUGACCGAGAGCCGCCAGCUGGGGGACCAACACCGCCGCCAGCUAGACCGUCACCUCCAGCCAGUCCAGUGCUGCCAGCUAGACCGUCACCUACAGCCACUCCCGCGCGCAGCGACGAGCCAGCAGACCAGAGGGCCCCAGACGGAGCGGCGAGGAAUGCAACCCCGCAUACAGCACGCAGUGGGGUACAGGUGACUUCCAGGGGCCGAACAGCAACUAUCGAGGGCAGAAUAAAUCCCUACGUUGCUGCGGAUGGCGGGCAGUCUACCCCAAAAUCCUAG